AUGGAUUCGUCUAAGGGAAAAGGAAGUUCAGUUUGCACACAGAAGAUCAAGAUGGUGAUUACGAACAGCCACAACGAGAAGCUGAGAAAGAAUCCAUCAGGCUCAUUCCGUUUCGAUUUCUCUGGCUAUGGAGAAAGCGAAGGAAGUUUCAAUUACGGUAACUACAACUACGAAGCUGAUGAUUUACAUUCCGUUAUCCAACACUUGUCCUCUAACAACACCAACACCAACCGCGUAAUCACUACCAUUCUCGGGCAUAGUAGAGGCAUACGUCUUGGAGAAGGUUAUCCUGAAAAACUAAAGGAACAUGGAUUCAUCGAUGCUACAGAGGGAAAAUCCGAGUUCCGUGUUACCGAGGAGAGUUUAAUGGAGAGGCUAAACACGGAUAUGCGACAAGCUUGCACCAAGAUUGACAAAGAAUGCAAAGUCUUGACCAGAUGA